AUGUACUUAAACGCAAAUACCAGUCUCGGGUUGAAUUUAUCUGAUACCAGUGAAAACACUGCUGUCCCAAACAGCAUAAGUGUGGUCUCCUUCAUAGGAAUAUUUAUACUGUGUUUCUACAUCAUAGUGUAUUCUACAUCUACUGUGGGAAACUUUGUCGUUCUUUACAUUUGCCACAGAAGUGGACGAUCCGCGGCCUUUAAGCCAACGCGGACUGGAUUUUUCAAUCGUUACAUUGCCAAUCUUGCCAUUGCAGAUCUUCUUUUUACACAACUAACUGUUUUCGAUGCAGUUUAUGCGAUUCUUGCCGACUGGGUGUUUGGUGCGGCGAUGUGCAAGCUUCAAGGAUUUCUGGUCGAGCUAUGUUAUUCCGCGGCAAUUCUGACUUUGAUUGCAAUUAGCCGCGAAAGGCGAAAAUCUAUAUCCGACUUGGAAAUGAAAUCACGAAUCCAGCGAGUCAAGGAGAGAAAAAUUUUCUCGAUCAUUGUAUGGAUCGUGGCCUUUGUGCUCUGUUCGCCUCUUUUGUAUGCUUACAAUGUUGUAAAAACUCAAACAGAAAAUGGUAUCAGCCGAUGUAACAACAUUGCUUGGUUACAUAUUGGAAGGCGGAUUUAUUACAGUAUUACUAUAGUAAUACUGUUCGUUUUCCCGUUAACUAUCAUGAUCUGGACACAGCUAAAGAUCAAACGUGUUUUAAACGCGCAAGUAGUAGCAAACCAACAAAUCGCAGCGUUAACGCGAGCGCGCCAAAAGAAAGCCAGUCGAAUGCUUAGUUGUGUAACACUCGUUUUUUUCGUGUUGUGGUCGCCAUUUAUUUUGACUCGUACCCUUCGUUAUUUCGCUUGGUACGAAGGGGAAAUAAUGUGGAAACUUAGCCAGCUUUUAACUCUUGCCUCGUCGGCAGCAAACCCAUUUAUUUACAGUUUUUACAGUCUCCAUUAUAGGAUUUUUAUCAAGAGGUUAAUCACCUGCCAAUGUCGACGCUUCAUGGCUAAAAGUGAAAAUGUACCUACUUCCACAGCUAUUUCCCUAUAUUGAAAUUACGUCAAAAUAAGAAACAUCCUAAUGACUUUACUAUUACGGACAGAAGAUUGAUAAGCCAUUAGGGAAUCAACGAAAGAUCUUUCACAAUCAUGCCCAAAAUUUAGUCGGGUCAAGUUAUCUUAUCAAGUAAGGGAAAGGUAUAGUCAUCUUUUCGAUUUUUUUCUCACGUUUUAGUACGCAAUCUUUUUUCAAAACAAACUUCCAGUCUCAAGUCUUUGCUGUGGGAGAGAUAGGAUCAGCCGAAAGUGAAUAUGAAGCUCAGUAACUAAUUAGUGUGCGAGGUAAAUGUGUUAAUUAUUGUUCCGUCCAGUCCAUAACGAGGAAAGGUUAAUAGCGGAUGUAUUGGUUUUUGAUCGACUUUCGGAGACUAGCUCGCCCUUGGACAAGAAACGAAAAUAAACUAAACUGAAAAUCGUUUCCCUGAGUAAAUAAGUAAACGGGAUGUUGCUGUCUGGAUUUGAUCGAUAGUACAAGAUAGUUGAGGUAUUGUGACGGAUAGAUAGGAUUAAAAUGACACCUGAAAAUGACGUUUUCAAACAAACGUAUAACGCCAAUUUUAAUGAUGCUAAGCAGCUGUCGCCGCUCGCUCUGUCCUGGCUAUGCAAACCUGACACGAAUGUCAUUUUUAGUCGUAUAAAGUAGACCAGCGACAUUACAGAGACCUUUCCUCGUUUUUUUUUUUUUUAGCUUUUAGUGACAUGGAUAAGUUAAGGAAAAUCCCUCAAUUUCGCUGGAAAGAGUGCCUUUAAAUUAGUAAAAUUUCCAAAUUUGAAAGUGAUUUGGGAAAAACUAAAAAACGAAGAUAUGGCUCCUUAAAGCGUGGCGAGACUUACAGACGUUUGUAUAGCCUGCGUGGCAGGCGUUCGAAAGUGAAGGGGAAGGGAAUUAGGGCACGAGAUCGCGCGAGGGAGGAGGGAGGAAGGGAAUUCCUUUCCUUUCUCCCUCGCCCGCCCAAAGAAGUAGUGGGGAGAAGUUGAUAAAACAUCCAACAAAUUCAUCUUGUGUGAUCAUGUCCGUAAUUCUCAUGACCGCUCUGUUUUACAAAGCAUUGAUAUCAUCACAAGGAGAAAUUUGGUGCUGAUCACUCUUAGGGCUUAAAGGAUUAAGACAUAUGCCUUCAAACUUGACUUUAAGGUGCUCUUUCCAAUGAUGUCGACGGAUUUUCCCUAACUGGUCUAUGUCAAAAGUUGAAAAAACAGUAGAGGGGUCUAUGAUUGUAAAGCUUAGUUCUCAAAUGCCACCUACCCGCCUGCGAUACUGCCUGAGAUACUUUUCCGACAUAUUAGAACAAAAGCCAUCGCACCGCUUUUUACCUCCGGUAUGGGGCUGGCACACAGUAUACUAAACAAAAAUUGAAAGUCAGUUUUAUCAGGCAUGCCGGCGAUAAAGGCUGCGAUGGCCUCUGUUACUGUGACUUCUACUCUCUCAUCGGAACACUGGGUAUCCUAAGGGGUAUUGGUGGCCAUUCAGUUCGUAGGUAGGUUUACGGCAUGAGAGAACAGCAGACCGAACCAACCAAAUGAUUCUAGCUUAGGUUUUGUUUUAUGAUGCUGGUAAUUGGUCAAAUAUUUUCUCCGAAUAGCCCGUUCGGGAGAGUUAAUAAAGAUACAAUACAAUACAUUCUAUAUUACCGUUUUUAUUCGAAUUAGCGCCCAACCUCGAAUCAGCGCCCACCUCGAAUAAGCGCCCAUCCUAAAGGCAGAAAAAGUUAAUAAGCGCCCAGCCUUGAAUAAGUGCCCACCCCACCAUACCCACUUGGGUGACAACGAGAUUGAAAUUGAAUAAGUACUAAUAUAAAGAGACUUUCCCGAAGACGGAGUUUUCUUCAGAGUAGGGGUAGUUUACAGAAACCUUGCUUUGUUACAUCUUCGCGUUUCGUUAUUACCAUUUUAUUUGUUUUGUUGCAAAAUAAACACACUACACUUGCUGAAAACGGUGGAAAUUUAAUAAGCGCCCACUCUCAAGGUCCAAGUGAAAUUUAAUAAGCGCCCAAGGCGGUUAAUCGAAUAAAUACGGUACAUGAGAUAACUUAAUUUGCUUCCGUCGUGGGCUUACCAAAAGAGACAAAAUUGUACAGAGUAAAAUUACCAUUAGCUAGGAAUUGCAAUUUACCAUGCUCUCCGAACUAAAUCUGAAUAUCUGUUUUUCUCAUGACUUGAUUAAGGAAAAAUAUACUCGUCUAUCUUGAGUGGACGUUUCAUUUAUUCCCUCAUCGAAAAGUUCCUUUUCUCUUUAAGAAACGGAAGGUACAAGCAAAAAUGCGAUGCCCCCAGGUGACCCUCUUGAAGGUAAACUGAAGGCUUCUUACUUUACGUCGGUAGCUCGAAACUUUUCUCAUCUGACUAACAUACCUGAGGCCUACGUCCAUUUUUGCCAACCUCUCUUCGGCGCUACGUCGCUUGACAGGUAUUAAUAUACUGCUACUUUAUAAUAUCAAAGCUUACACGUAAAUGAAAGAAGUCGUAACAAGGAUUUGAGAUCACACUUGGGAAUUGAACACGAGACCUUCCACAGAAGACUAAUAUGCGUUUGCAAAACUCGCAAAAUCUUCCAAUGUGCCCAGAUGAUAUAUAUUAAAGUGCAGACAAAAAUCAGCACAGCUUGAAGCAUGUAGUACGUUUGUCUUCCGUUGUCUCCCCACUUCGUAUUCGGGCAGAGUUAACUUGCCAUUUUCUUCUUUGGUCGCGUACCCGUAGAAUAACGGAGCGCAAACAACUAUGGCCACUAUCCACAGAAUUUUGAUCACGAUAGUUCAUUGUGCAACGCUCCGAUUGCUCGCUAGACUGGUUGAUCUGACCGAGCGAGAUCUUUCAUGACUGAUUGCAACUAAGGUCAAUAGCGGUGCAACAAAUCUCGAUAAGCGUACCUUGUAUUUUGCACAAACUAUUGCCUCCGGGCCAGUCCUCCAGGAAGAAGUAGGACACAUCGACUGUUGAGAGAAUGGCGAAUAAAAGAUCCGCGGCGGCUAAACUGGAUAUGUAGCAGAGGAGAAUGGAUCGCGACGAGCAAUAUUUCCUAUAGCAAGUUAGAAGCGCCAUUAUGCAACUGCAUUAUGUUACCAAAGAACGCGACAUGACAGUAAAAAGCACUGCGUAGAGAAUGACAUAUCCCACGAUAAAUGCUAAAGGAUACUUGGUCGUUUCAGGAGUAGGACUGACAGUACUAUAUCCCGACCCAUGCUUACAGUAAAAGAUAGGGCGAAAACCCGUACAAGGGUAAAAAUGGUGAGUAAGACAAAGGUCGGGAGACAGGUGUGGGCGGGUGGGGCUGGAAAGAUUAGGGUGUAACCCUAAACCGCACAGUCCCCGAAGGCUGUAAGUACGACUUCCAGCAGCCGGAGCGUUGAGUAAAAAGACGUAAUCUCCAAGGGAGAUAGUAUCUUUCACAGUGUGCAUGAGUCGAGACAGCACUAUAUCCCGAACCAUGCUUACAGUAAAAGAUCGGACGAAAACCCGUAUAGCCGGUCCUUUGGAUUCGCAUUCUACCUAACUAGCCCCAGUAUCAAAAAUUCCAAUCUCACUCCCACUCCAAAGCGUUUGCAGCGGUUGUGUGUCUGUCUAGUAAGUUCAAAUGACACAAAAUUACGUGCUCAAUGUUUCGCAUUUCUGGGUUGUAUAUCUAGCAAGGAUGUUUAAUGACAUCAAUUAGAUUGCAUGCUCCAUGCUUCACUUUUCGGGGUGACUUGCGUAGCGUUGGAGAAGUCACACAGGAUAGAUUCGGAGGAAAGCAGGUUCGAAACCUUGAAGAUGAUUGAGUUCCUCGUAGCGGGAGGAUGUGUCUGGUGAAGCCUGGGCCAUUCGUGCCCCAACGCUAUCAGGUAGGAGCGAUUUGUGGAGCUGCAAGUAAUGCCUAGCUAUGCGAUGAGAUUUCCAGCCUACAUGUUCCAUGAUGUCGUCCAAAGCACUUCCAGUAAGUGCCAUGGUAAUGCUCCACCACAGAGAAAACUGUAAAGGGGCUUGUUGGAGAGUCCGGCAGCUUCCAAGUCGCUCUUUAGCCGAGCUUCGGCAGCGUCUGUGGAGAAAACAUGGAAAAGAACGGCGUUGCGGCGAGUGGCACGGAAGAGAGGGCCUCUGUGGACGGAGAUCUUAAUGGUGGUACGUAUAGAAUUAUAAUCGUCUAACGCCUGUACAGGGCAAAUGGCGGAAUUGAGAUGCCUCGCCACGGCAAAGACCCGGGAAUCCCCAGAGCAGAGUGUCUUCCCGAAAACAUGAAUAAUAUUGACUUCCUUUGUCGAUCGGAAAUCGUAAAAUUUCAGUUGCCUUGAUGUGUGCGAGGUUCGAUGGUCGAUCGCCAGAAAAGAAAUGUAGCUUAAAGUAGGCCAGAUCUCUAGCCUGAAUGUAGAGAUGGAUGGGGUACGUAGUCGCCGUGUGCAGUUUAUAGUUUAUCAUUUCACAUAGGGCUACUAGGUCACCAAUAAAAAGCCGCUUGGCUUGUCUCGGGGUGGCCCUAGCACUAAACUGUUCCUCUGUCAUCGCUUUAAGGUAGCGCUUGACCGAGGGAUGUGCAGCCGGAUUGCGUGUUAAAAUAUCCGUAAUUGUAAUGCCUGUGGCUUUCAGAUGAUCACGUAGAAUAGCUCGUAAUUUACCAAUUUACGAGUCAACCGUCUUAAAGGCCAGACGACGUGGGCAACCGCAGGAAAACAAGGUUUUUGAGCUACUCCCUUGAUGUGUACAACUAUUCUGGUGAACUUGGGGUUUGGAAUCUUUGUCCUUCCAGAUCAAAAAAUAGAUAAUAUCUCUCGGAGAUACGUGGUCAAGAGACUUAGGAGGGGAUGACCUUGCCAGAAAAAAAGUAAAUUCAGUCUCCAAAGCACUGAGUUUUCGUCUGUACUCAGAAGAUGCGAGAUGGUUCUCUAAUGCAUCCCAGCGUGCUGCGAGAGGUUUUGAGUCAAUAGGGGAAUCCUUGUUGACAGGGAUGUCUCGCUUACGUGGUGUGCCACAUUGUUGACAUUACAGAAAGUAUAGGUCGUUCGGCGCGAAGCAGUGAGAACACUCCGUUUGAAUGACAGGUUUCCAGAUUGUAUAUUGCUGGGGAGCAGACUAGAAACAAAAAGGAGAGAGGAAAGAGGUAGUAUUGUUUAAAAUAGAUCUCCUUCCAGUCGGAAAACCCAUAGAUCCCAUGGCAAGGAGAGUUGGCGUGGCUCAUGAAACCCGUGGCGUUUGGACGGCCAGAGAAGAACCUCGUGGUUCCCCUUUUUUGCUAAUGAGUACCUUUCGUUUGCGCAUCUGCGCAGCACACGGGCCACCAGUAUAGUCUAGAGAUGAGAUCUGGACUAUAACUGUUGCCUUCGCCUUGGUGGUUACACUGGACGAAAAAACGGAUUUACUAAUGUUUGCGAAAGGUGCAAAUAUGUGGUAAAUUUGGAGCUCCAAAUUUGCAUUACAUUUGCGCUGUCGGCUAAGGUGUGGGCAAAUACAUAUAUUUGCUAGAUAGGUAUUGAUACGCAAAAGUGAAGUAAAUGUAAUGGUUUGAUACAAAUUUGAUACAUAUUUGCAGCAUGGACAAAUCUUCAACAUUUCUACCAGUUUACUCAAAUUUACAUCCUUGGCAAAAAUGACAGUUUUCACUUUACUUCAAAUGCAGGCAAAAAUAUUGCAAAACCCCUAAUUUGCAGUGGUAUUUGCUCUUGUUUUUCCAGGAUACCAAAAGAACACUUUUGCAUGUGGUUUACUCGUAUUUGCCUUAAGAGCAAAAACAAUAAAUUUCUAGACAUUUGGCUGUGUCAUAAAUUUGCACAUUUGCAUCAUAAUUAUCCAUAUUUGCAAGGGGAGCAAAUAUAGUGAGCUGCAUAACAUUUGCUGACAGUCAAAGGUGAUGUGCAUGUGACAUUUCCUAUAUGUUUGAUCCGUUUUGUGACUAAAGUAAAUUUCCAAUCUCAACUGUAACAUUACAUUGUUACAAUAAAAUUUUGUACACGCUGUGAGACUCCGCCCAGAGGUCCAACCCCUUACAUGCAUCUUUCCUGUUAGCUGUUUUAUGUGCACUGUCAUUUUAAUAUAAAGGAAUCAGUGACCAGUUAAUUUUUUUUGACAAUUUUACAUUCACAAAUUUCUUCUGUUAGUCUUUUUACAGAACGAAAUGACAGAUAGUCUACCCUGUCACAUACUUUAACUCAGGAAAUCCCUAUCCUUUCAUACCUGAAGCAUGAAAAAGGUGUCCCUUUCUGACAGCGCCCCUGGCAUAAACCUUUCCCGGGCUACUAAUUUAAAGCAAAUACACUAAUUCAAAUCCACUCGUUAUUAAGGUCCAGUAGUCAGAUCAUUGAUGCACUGUAUUUCCUACAGUCAGGGCCAUAGCCAGUAUGAGGCAAACCGAGGCACUUGCCUCUGUCAUUUAAGGUUUGAUCUUGGCAGUGUUUGGUUUCAACGUAGCCAUCAUAAAGACCCUGAAUAGCUAGGCGGGGAAUUCAACCAUGGAUAUUGCCUCAGUCCUUAUUUUUUUCUGUCUACGGCCCUUGAACUUGGGAUACAAGGAGGAUCUACAGGAGCUACCGGUCGAAUUGUCAAAUCCUACCUGACAAAGCCCCAACCCCCCCCCAAUAAACAAUGAACAGACCUUUAUUGGGUUACAGGAUCACAGGAACUCUGAGUUGGCCUUAGAUCAUGAAAAGUCUAGAGCUAUAAAAAAAAACUAAGGUGGUGAAACAAAUUAACAUGCAGCCUUUAAACUUCUGGACUGGGUUGCUCAAAGAUGGGUUAAGAUAACACAAGGUUAGGUCCAGUGGUCAGAUCAUUUACUGUAUUUUUUGUACAUCAUACUAAAAAUCAAAUUUGGUCCGAAAUAAAAAGUUUUGUGGAUUUCAAACUCAGUGUUGUGAUUAUUCACUUGUACAUAAUUUCCUCAUGGCCAUUUAACCAACAAACUUAAUUCAAUUUAAAACCAACAAUUUUAGUUUAACCAGUAUUUGUUGUAGUUUUGACUGCCCACCUAGAGAUGACCACAUCUCGAUGGCCGGCUUCCUAAAAAUGACCACAUUUUGAAAACCCAACAGCCAAUACUACAACAAAAUAUGGUGAAACUGCUCACAAUUUUAUUUGAACAUUAACUCAGCUGACAAAUUUAUGAGAGCCUAAUUUUUCUUACUUUGUUGUUUGCAACCCUGAGUUUGAGUUUCACUGAUUUUAAUGUUGAUUUUGAGUUUUACUGUUCAUUAAGUACUACCUAUUCAAUCCAAAAAAGUCAUAGCAUUUUUGCUGGCUAGAAUUCAUUGAAGCCUAGUUAUUUGCUUGGGAUACAAGGAGGAUCUACAGGAGCUACCGGUCGAAUGGUCAAAUCCUGCCUGAAAGCCUCCCCCCCUGCACAAUAAACAAUGCACAGAUCUUUAUUGGAUUACAGGAGCUCUGAUUUGGCAUUGGAUCAUGAAAAGUCUAGAGCUAUAAAGAAAAAACUAAGGUAGUGAAACAAAUUAACAUGCAGCAUUUAUCCUUCUGGACUGGGUUUGCUCAAAGAUGGGUUAAGAUAACACAAUGUUGGGUCCAGUAGUCAGAUCAUUUACUGUAUUUUCUGUACAUCAUACUAAAAAAUCAAAUUUGGUCCGAAAUAAAAAGUUUUGUGGAUUUCAAACUCAGUGUUGUGAUUAUUCACUUUUUUCAUAAUUUCCUCAUGGCCAUUUAACCAACAAACUUAAUUCAAUUUAAAACCAACAAUUUUAGUUUAACCAGUAUUUGUUGUAGUUUUGACUGCCCACCUAGAGAUGACCACAUCUCGAUGGCCGGCUUCCUAAAAAUGACCACAUUUUGAAAACCCAACAGCCAAUACUACAACAAAAUAUGGUGAAACUGCUCACAAUUUUAUUUGAACAUUAACUCAGCUGACAAAUUUAUGAAAGGCUAAUUUUUCUUACUUUGUUGUUUGCAACCCUGAGUUUGAGUCUCACUGUUCAUUAAGUACUACCUAUUCAAUCCAAAAAAAGUCAUAGCAUUUUUGCUGGCUAAAAUUCACCUGAAUCCUGGUUAUUUGAUCUUGGGAUACAAGGAGUGGGGUUGUGGCUUCCCCAAAAAAUUCUGAUGAAGAGAGGGUCUUCAUAUACAGGAGCUACCGGUCAAAUCCCACCCAACAAAGCCCCCCACCACUCCUUAAAAAAUGAACAGACCCCUACUGGGUUACAGGAGCUCUGAGUUGGCCUCGGAUCAUGAAAAGUUAUAAGCUAUAAAGAAAAAACUAAGGCGGUGAAACAAAUUAACAUGCAGCAUUUAUCCUUCCAGGCUGAGUUGUUUAAAGCUGGGUUAAGAUAACCCAAGGUUAGUACAAAAUAUGAAUUCAGAUAUGAAAGUUUUAAAAACAAAUUCAUUUGAAUUCCUUUUGUCUACAAUUUGGUGAUUUGAUACUUAAAAAAAAGGGAAAAUUAUCUAACAAAAUGCUUUUGAUUAAAAGGAAAAAGAAACGCAGGUUAAAAUCUAACACUGGGUUAGUGCUAAUCGGUCUUUGGAACAACUGGGCCCCGCUCUUUUUUUAGGUCCAAUUCUAAAUCACAUAACCACUUCGAAGUGAGCCAAUGGUACAUAACCUGGGCAUGUGUUACAUUCCCCUUCUGUCAUUUGAUAAUAGUAAAGCCUAGGGUCGCACAAUGGGCAGGGAUCUCCAAUUACUAAAACUAAAAAUUCAAAAUGACACAGUAACUGUUGUAUACAGUUACAGAGGGCCCACACUACCUCCCCUUUACAUUAAGUAAAUACGCUACAACAAAUCUACUGGACAAAGGUCCAGUAGUCAGAUCAUUUACUGUAUUUUUUCUACAUCAUAACAUUAUUAUUAAAAAGCUAACAAUAACAAGGCCACCCACAGUACCUUAAAUUUGGUUAAAAAAAAAAAGGUUCUGUGCAUUUCAAAGUCAGGGUGAGAUUAUUCACUUGUACACAAUUUCCUCAUGGCCAUUUAUUCAAGAAACUUCACAUCAAAACUGACAAUUUUGUUCUUACCGCUAUUUGUUCUAGUUUUCACUGACUAUACCUAGAGAUGACCACAUCUUGAUGGUAAGCCUCCUAAAAAUGACCACAUUUUGAAAGCCCAACAGCCAAUACUACAACAAAUGGUGAAAUUGCUUUGUAUUUCAUAUCAUUUGUGAAUAGAAACUCAGCACAGACAUGAAUGAAUAAUUUCUUUGCUGCUCUUUACAACCCUGAUUUUGAGUUCAAUAUGAUUUGUCUUUUUAAACUGCUCAAACAGACUGGCGAGAUUUAUAUCAGCCUUCACUCAACAACAAUAACAUCAGGUGCAUUUCUUCACUUAAACCUAAACUUCUUAGACCAACGGGGUUUACACCAUCAAUAUUAUUAUACUCUUUUACUAAAUGAGCUGAAUUUUAAUAGAUUUAUUUAGAAAAGGAAUUCACCCAGUAAGAUGACUUUUUGAUUUUCCUUUUUAAAUAGGAAUAUGAUUUUUUAUAAUUGCUGGACAAAAAAAAGGUUCCAGCUAAAAAUUUGUUUUGAGCAGUGACAGUAAAUCUCAACUUUGGAUCUGUCUGAAGGCAUUUUCUUUGCCCUUCCACAAAAUCACUUUCUACUUUCACUUUGCCAGAAACUUUUGCCAUGACUUAGUAACGCCAAGUGAAAACAUAAUAUCUGAGGCAUAUUUCUUAAGCUAUAUGUCAGUGCUAGUGAGCAGUCAUGGACUGCUGUUUUGAAGGGGCAUCCGAUAGCAAGAUAGGCUUUCCAAAAUCAAUGAGCAUUGGGUGGUACAUAUUGUUUACCUCUGUAAGAAUAAUGUUGUCACUCUUUAUAUCUCUGUGGGGAAACCUCUAUGAGUGCAAAUGUUCUAUAGCUUCACACAAUUUCAGUACAUUAUGUUCCCAAGAGAACACUGUGAAAGGGACAUGGAUUUCCUUAGCAGGGCACCGCACAAAGAACAAGAAAAAUAAUAUUGUAAAGAUGGUAAAAAUAUAACCCAAGGAAGUACAUGUGAGGUUUCUGUUUUUGUGACAUUUACCCCAAACAGAUGGGGUAUUGAUGGAUGGGAGCAUUCAGUAUAUAAGCUUCAAUUCUGUCAUCUUGUGAAGAGGAAAAAAUGAUUACUGUAAAUAAAUUGAGACCCACUGGAAUACCCCUGUAGCAUUUCUUCAUGCACAGACCACAAACAGCUUCCCCAUGUUGAACCUGUAUUUCAUUGACCUCUUUAUCUUUUGGAGAGUUCAGGUGAUGCAACUCAAUUUCAAGAACAUUGGCAAUAACUCCUGUACCACUCAAGGAAGAAUCUGAAACAAAUACACAAAAAAGUCACUAAACCCACUAAAAAUAACUGUUAACUCUACCUUUAUUGAUAAUAUUGUGAAAUUAAAUGAAUUAUGUUACUUGUGUUGCCAUUAUCUUUAUGAACAUUAUAAAUACACAUGUGGCACAUUUUAGCAUUUUUGACCUUUUGACUCAGCUUACAUGUACAGCUGUAUCAUUAUAAACUAUUAUAAACAAAACAACCUUGUAUAUGAAAACAUGACAAAACAAAACAGAAAAAAAUGACAGUAACGCAUAUAACAUAAAGGCUCCACCCUACCCCUGUCAAAAUCAAUGGUACAUGUACAGGUAUUACGCUCAAUAUGUCAAUAUAGCGCCAGAGGUAGUGUAAAUUACUCAAGCAAUUAAUCUUGAGCUACUUCUGCCAAAUACCAAUAAAUUAGCAUUUUAACAUUGCAUAACUACAUAUUUUGCUGACUUAACACCACUUAAAUUUUUCAACAAGGCUUUUUUCAGCUGGAUCACUACAAUACGCACGCGACACGCGCGCUCAUACAUGCUACAAAUGUAAAUAUGGAUGCAAAUGUAGUUUAUUCCCGGUUAUAACAUAGAUGUGGCAGUAGAAGCACGAUAUACAAAGCAAAAUACAUCGACUUUACCUUUUAAAUUUCGAAUAUCCUUGAGAAGAAAUCCAGCAACAUAGGCAAUCUCUUCCUCCCGCCAAAUCGCCAAAAGACCGCGCGCCCGAUUUCCCAAGCAUUUGCGCCUCAGUGGUGCUGGUCAGCGACAGUCUGCAUAACCGUUCGAAAACGAGGCACAACAAUUGAAAUUCGUCGACCGUUAACACGUUCCACUGCCAUCGAUUUGCCAUCAGCUUUUACUUCGUACGUUUAACGCCAUAUUUAUCAAGAGGUUUCGAAUUUUCCUUCUUUGUGGGGUUGACUGUCGAGUAUGGAGGAAUCGGCCAGUCUUAUUUGUUCGAAUUUAUCGAACGAAUGUGUCCUCGAAGAACUUAUAAAAAUAAUCGCUCGAACUCGAGGGAACUGCAUACUUAUAGAUCCUUCGACGAAAAUCCACCAUGAAAGGCAUCUAGAUAGCUCCAUCGGUGACGAUCAAGUAGUAACGAGUGGAUCCAAGAAAGCAGCCGUUAGUACUUAGUAAAUAGACUUCGGUGAAUCGAUGCUGUUUUAAUUAGCAGACAUUGUAAAACUAAGAAGAGGCAGGAGAAAUGUUGAGGACAAACAAAUGCUGAGGGAGCAACUAAUCGGGAGUAAAAGAAAUGCUCAGUAAGUAUAAGAAAGUUCGUUGUUACUGUUAAGCCAUUAAUGAUGCUAUUUGAUAAUACCUACUGGCUACAUUUGCAUUCCAAUAUUCAGUAAUCAACAAGGACCACCCCUUCUCCUGAAACUUUAUUUGUCCUGUUGUUGUAAAAAAUACUGUAAUCUUUUGUUUGGUUGUUCUCUUCAGAUAAAUGGUCUUGGAAAAUUUAAUAAGAAUUGUAGCAAGUGUUAAUUCCCCUCUAUUAGGCCAAAAUUAACCUUAUCCUCUAGUGCCUACUUUCUCCAAAGGCUUUUCCAAAAUUUAAAAGGGGAGUAAAGGUAGUGACUGCCAUGGUGCUGAAAACAUAGUGUAGCUAGAAUUUAGAUCAUGGUACCCUGCUUUCACUGAUUGUUUUUUAUGAUCACCCCAUGUAAGGGAUUCUGGAAUCCGGGAAAUUUUUGCUUAUGGAAUCUAGAAUUCGGGCAAUUUUUGUUGCGGAAUCCUAAAUUCUGAGCUUUGAAACCUGAUAUACAAGUCAAACGAUUGGAAUCCAGAAACCAAGCAAUCCACUGAAAAAGGUUCCGGAAUCCGCAGCGUGGAAUCCAGAAUCUAAAACUGUCUUGGAUUCCCUCAUAUGAGGCAAUUAUAGUAUAAUUAAACUUUUGUUCCCAAGAUACACUGUAAGUGAUGACAAUAUUGCAGAAGAAGCAGGUUCAUGAAGUUUUAAGUAAUAUGUCAAUAAUGUUGUUAUGGUAGUGAUGUAGUGGGACACUCACUAUAAAAUUAAUACAAUGAUUUACCUGGAGUCAAUUGUCUUGUUACAAAAGGGUUUCUCGCAUUCAUUUUUUCGUUUUGUUUUUGCUCAAAGAAGGUCUUAGUUUUAACAGGUACAGUGUAAUCAGGAUUAUGAUGACCGCUUGGGGUUAGAUUUGAGACAUGAAAGUUACGAGCCAGCAAUUUGUUUAAACUAGUUAAUUUUGAUAUCAGUUAACUUAGGAAAUAAGUAAGUUUAGUCACCUAGUGUGACUGCAGCCAGUAAUAAUACAUGUAAUAUCUAAUAGCAACCUUUUUUGCUAUAAAAGGUUAGAAUAUUUAGACAGAAAAGGACAAUAGUAUUUUUCAUGACAAGCAUCUACAGCUUUAGUUUCAAUAUUAAUGGUCUAAAUUAUGUAUAAUUUCUGUUUGUUGCAGAAAAAGCUGAAGAGACAACCCUUUUCCAGUCAACCUCUAUUUCGAAGAAGGAUUGUUGUAAGUUCAAAGCUUGUAUAAUUGUGGAGUACAUGUCUUCAGAGCAAGGCAAUACAGACCAAGGAGAUGACAAAUCCGAGAAAAGUGCUUUGCAGGAGGCCUCUAGCAUGGAGGAGUCAACAACUUAGCCUGUAAAAACCUCUUUGCCAAGCUGAACAGUAAAGCAAAAUUAAAACAGUCACAUGUAAGCUUGUCAUUACUCAAUGACAAUAGAAAGGACUAAUGGCUUCUCCUCAGAGCAGGAGGCACCAGAUAAUGCUCCUGAAUUUGCUUUGUGAUAAGGAAAUAUAAGUUAAUCCAAGGCUCUUAAAGAAAUUCCAGAUUAUUUAUGACUGGUCAUACUUACAGGUACAUGUACAUGUAGCUCUGCAAAUACAGUAAUCCUUUAAUCACUCUCUGUUUAUGACACUGUUUUUUAGAAAAAGAUAAAUCUGUGUAAACAGUGCAAAUCCUGAUGGUGUUGAUUUGUCCUGAGAAUUCUGGUGGCAGGUAGAUCAAAUUGGUUGAUGUGAUAAAUUUUUCAUUAGAAUCCUUUGGCUAUUGUUUGCAAGUAAUGUACCAGUCAGCAGGUUAAAAAGGCCAAUUAAUGUACAAAUGUUUCUUUUAAAUCUGUUUGCUUAACUGCAGGCAUUUGAGUUCUGCUGGCACCACUUCACAGUACAUUUGUACCGAUUACAGCAAUUGCAACUGACCUGCUUGAACAAAAAAACAAAACAAAUUUAGGUACACCCUGCUUUUUGUCAUGAUUUGUUACGGAAUUUUGCAAAGGAUUGCAACAUGACUCAAGAAAAAGAGUAAUGAGAGACAGCAGUGUAGUUAUUUUGCAGGCUAGCCAGAUCAACCUUUUGUACUUCACACACGUACAUGUAUACUGAGUUUAAAAUAAUUAUUAGCUUCUUUCAUUGGGACCAACUACAGUGACAAUGGUAAUGUUGACAUGCUGUGGAAUACUUAUAGCUGGUCAUUACUUUCAUGACCCUCAAUUUUCUUAGAACGGGGCAAGUACUAGAAGCUCCGGCUGGUACUUCCUCUAAGAGCAUAUCCAAUACUAUACAGGAACCAUUAGCAACGAAAAUGAAGUUAAAGAAGUCUGAUCUGAAUUUGAAUAGCUGUAUGUACCUAAACUAUUUCUUAGUUUGCUAAAUGCUAUAACCCAGUUGUUAUACCAGCAAAAAUUGUAAAUUGGUAGCAAGAAUUAGGCCUUUCAUUCUGAUAGAGCCUAAAGAAAAAAAUGCCACCAGAAUCAAAUUUUGUUUAAUCUGUAAAUAGCAAUAAAUACAAAAAUACUAAUUAUUUAUUAAAAUGGUGUCUUGAGGGUUCCAUCUAGUUGAAACAGGAUUUGGUUCUUAGAUACAAAAGUUUAAGUAAGAAAUAGUCUUGUCAUAAGUAAAUUAAUAAUUGGUCCAAGGGUGAAAGGAUUUUUAACCUGUUUCUGAGUUGCAAAAACCUAAAGAACUGAAACAGGUUUGAGGCAACUCUGAAACACCUACAGCUGUAUGUAGAAUAUCUUACACAUUUAGAUGAAGAACACUUUUCUUAUAAUAUUAAUAGUUAAUAAUGAUCUGAUAGAGCAUAGAGUGGAGACAAGUAAACAUCAACGAACAGUAAAAUUGGGAAUUAAUAUGAAGAGCUGUAUGUACAGCUUUAUACUGUAGUUUGUAAUGUCUGUAAUAAUGUGUAAGCCACUUUGGUUUAUGGAAUAAAUCAUUUAAACAUUAAUGGAAGGUCACUGCUAGAAUUUCUUUCAGUAACUUUAAUGUUUGAUUAAUUAUGGCCACUUGUUAAGAACCUGAAGUGAGCCAUAUUAUAAUUAAAAAUAUUUUUAAAAUUUUAUCGCAUUUGCUACAACCCAAGCAAACUCGUUUAAACCUUGGAAUUUACAUUUGCCACUGGAGAAAACGUGCUCAAUUUUAUGGGUUUGAUGACAUUUGCUACCUGAGCGAAAAAUUGUACAAUACUAACAGUUUGAUCAGAUUUGCCGCCCAAGCAACUUUGUUCAAAACUUGACUUUUGACCACAUUUGCCGCUACAAGCAAAAUUUUGUGUUUGAUCAAAUUUGCACACCCUAGAAAAUUUGUUCAAAGUUUAGGUUUGCUAACAUUUGCUUCGUGAGCAAACAUGUUUAAUACAAAGAGUUUGGUUACAUUUGCCAUGCAAAGCAAUCUGGUUCAAUUAUGAAAAUUUGAUCACCCAUGAUAACCCAAGCAAACAUUGUUCAAAUUAGAUACUUCGCUCACAUUUGCAAAGCUGCGUAAACGUUCUGAAAAUAACAGGUUUACAUGCUUUUACAUCUAAAGCAAAAGCUGUGCAAAACAGCAGAUUUGCGCUAUCAUUUGCGUAAUGUGCAAAUAUAGUUCAAAGAAACAUAUUUGCCUACACAUUUGAACCAUCUGCAAAUGACCCUCAAAUCCAUGGCUGCCCUUAUCUUUGCACCAAGAUGUAAAUGUUGUGCAAAUGUGGCAUUUACCGUCAUUGCUACAGAUAGCAAAUCUAGUGCAAUAUCAGUCUUUGCUCUUGCGCAAAAUUGUGCAAAUGUGGUAUUUGCUACACAUUUGCUGUAAUUUGGCUACCCUAGUAAAUCCAUUUUUUCGUCCAGUGUUAAUAGGUGUUGAAUUGCGGGGGCAAUGAGGAAUAUAGGGGGAAAACAAUAACCGUUUUCCUCCCGUAGCAAUGUUGGAGAGACUGGUGAAUGCCACAUUAUGAUGCAACAGCUAAUGCAAAUACAAUAGACGAAUAGGUCUAUUUGUUUUCCAGGCCUGAUCUAUUGUGAUCGAACAUGAUUGCUAUUUUUGUGUGUACAAAUAAGACUAUUAACUCGAUGUAAAAUUUGUUUCACUCUUGGACUGUCAAAUUAUUUUUCUCUAAAAUCACUUAGCUUUUGUCUCAAAAGUCACAUGAAUGUGCCCUGAUCUGUGGAUUACAAGUUUAUUGUUUGAUUUAAAUUAUGAAUUUAUUAACGGGAGCUUCGCUUUUAGCCCUGGCUAAAUCUAUAUAUUAAUAAGUUACUUACGGUCUGACGACUGUUCCUCCGGCCAAUAAGAUUUGAAUUUCAAAUACAUUCGGUUGAUGACAAAUUGACAAGGGCCGUUUUAAUUAUUCGGCCACAUCGAAAUCGUCUCAUCGUUUGUUAAAACGUUUUUCUUGCUCUAAAAGCUUUUCUUUCGCUUGAAGUGGCUAGUGGACCUUGUGCUUUACAAAAUUUAGGUCAUGAAAUUCAUUUAGAUGAAAAAUAGGACUAUGUUUUAGCCUACGUGUAGCCGCACCCCCAGGCUAGACUAUUUUCAAUAAAUGAUUAUAAAAUUCAGAAAAAAAAUCCUAUAUUUUGUGUGGUUUCUGUGGUUUCAAGAUUUAGGCUGUGAUUGGUCAGAUCAUAAUGAGCACGUCAGACAUAGUUUGAUAGGGUGUUUUCUAUUUUACUAUUUGACGGUCAUGAAAGAUACCUUAGCUGUAAUUAACUUCCGUGAAACAUCAAGUGAGUGAAUUAUGCGGUGUUUUCCUGAAGUAGCAGUUCUCGUUUUGUUUAUCUGUUUCUCUUCCACUGAUGGCUGGAGAAGACGUCGCCGCCGCAGAUGUGCUGUACGCAAUUGUGCAGUUAGCUCUUGGUCUUCCUGGAGUUCAUGUACUGCUAAUCAAUGUUUGCAAGGCGGAUCACAAAGACGAACAAGAUGGCAAGUAACUACUCCACUUUGUGGAGGAUUAGAAUGCCCCAGUAUGGAGGAGACAAGGCAGUGCUAUGGUACCCGAUCAGUGAACUGUCAGCUAAGUUCCUGGUCUGAGUGGAGUUCCUGCUCAACUCCUUUGGGUGUUUCUGGAAUUCAAACCAGCUCCCGUCACAGAAUAAUCACUGAACAGUGUGGUGGAACCUGCUCGACAACAUUUCGAAAAACGCGAAGUUGUCCUGAGCAAAGCUGCCUUAAUGGAGGGAGUUUACACUCCAAUGGAACGUGUUUUUGUAAUGAAGGCUUUUCUGGAGAUUGUUGUCAGAAAAAACUGCAAGAAGGUAAACUUAAAACAGAAGAGUAUUUGAUACACACUUUAUACUCAUCACCAGAUUACCAUUAAAUUCAGAACACAAUCACAUGUACAGUACGUCUAGCGUUUUCCCUCCGGGGCGAAUAUCUCAUUGCGACAUUCAAGGUUUUGAAAAACUUAAAAAGCUUUUCCUUCGGUUGAUAUUCUCGAUUCAAAGCCUAAUGCCAUGCCUUUUUUUAGUUUAACACGCUUUGAACAAAGUGAGUGGACCUAAGAUACAAAUAUCAAAAAACGAAAUACAAAAAGCUGACGCAAGCAGUAUCUUAUCUGAAUAUUCAAAUGUUAGAAACGGGGAAUAAAGAGUGAUAAAAUGCCAGUAGCUUUAUGGGAUGUCGGCUAUUCUGUUCUUUGAAUCCUUUCUGACCAUUUGGGGAUUUUGCGCCAGACAAAAGAAACUUCUCUUGCAUCUCUAAAAGCCUUUCGAGGAAGGUUCUGGGAAAUCCGCACAACCUCGAAAGAUAUUGUAGGGUAUUGUAGGUAAGUUCUUACUUCUCCAUUUCUGAGAAACCUGAGAACCGAAGCUCCAAGUGUUAAAAACGUUACAAAAAAGCAACAAAAAGGAGGGUUCGAUAGCUAUAGUUUUGGGACUUACCCAAACAAUUUACCUCAUAUAAGAUCGUUUACUUCUUAAUUUCUAAACAUAGUUGUUUACCAAAUAUUUACAAAAAUUAGCGCAUAAAACGUAGGUUUGGCACGUAAACUCUUCAGACUAAGAUAGCCAAUUUGAUUUUGCAGCAACGAGUUGACCAACGCUUAGUUGUUUUCUUGAAUCUGUUGCAACCAUCAGCCCAUUUCACGUUUCAAAAAACGCCGUCGUUCACGAUCAUAUAGCUGCUUACCUAACAUCACUGCCGUGUAUAGACUAGGCAUCGUCGGUUUAAUGAAUUUAUUUAGUCUUUGACUCCUUGAUCGUUUUCCAGAAUGUCGCAUGUACUUUGCGUUCUCCGACAACCUUUCUCGAAAUAGCUACGUAGGCGAGCAACCGAGUGGCUAGCCCACCUUCUCAUAUAAACACAAUAAACGUUUUUUGAACCGAGCCAGCCUGGCUAAGCUCACUUCCUUCAAACACACCCUGAAAGUUCCUAGCGCAGUUUUCUUAAUCUGAAGUUUAAAAACCCGGCUGAAUUUGUUUGGGCGAUGCCGCUUGUCUUACAGUUUCUAAUGCGUACCGUGCUACUAAACUCAAUUCCCCUCUAAACUUUUAGGUGAGAAAAACGAUGAAAAAGGAAAGAGCGACGAAAGUUUAAACGGCAAUGGAACAUGUUUGUGUAAAGAGUUGGAGGGCUAUUCUGGAGACUGCUGUAAGAAAGAACUGCAAGAAGGUAAACUUUAA